AAAUUUUUUGCCAUGUUCUUCCUCAGUAACAAGAACAUGUAUUGAUUUACAUCAUCGUCGUCUUGAUGGAUGAUCUAUCGGUAGAAAUGAUGAACCCAUUAAACAAGAGCAGCAGGAACUUGUCGCCGGUGAAUCGCUGUCGCAGUCACGGCGGCGGCGGCGGCCCAUUUUCAUUGCAGACCUGAUAAUAAAUUCAAGAUCUGACUUUUACAUUCUUGAAUAUAUAUAUAUAUAUAUAACUAUGUCAGAAAUGUUUGAAUCUGGGAAUGGACGCAAUGUGAAAGAAUCAGAAAUAUUUGAGUCUUCUCUGUGAUAAAAUUGCAAAAUGGUUUUUAUUUCGAUUUCUGAUGUAGGGUUUCUGUCAAUUGAAGUCCCAAUUUGAGAGACGAAAUUGAGAUGAGAAACGACGACAGAUGCAUUUCAAUGGCGGCAUCUUCAAUUCAACAUUGAAACAGAUUCGAUUCUUCUCUUCCGAUACGAAAAUCAAAACCCUAACCCAAAAAGGGAAUUAUUCAGAGGCACUGAACUCGUACUGCAAUGAACACAAAUCUCCAAUCAGCACCUCCAGAUUCAUCUUCCCUUCUCUCCUCAAAGCUUGCACUUCUCCUUCGAGGUCCAUCCAUGGCGAGACGCUCCAUUCCACUCUCCUCAAAUUAGGUCUCCAUUCCGACCCUUACAUCGUCACUUCUCUCGUCCGGAUGUACGUCGGCCAUGGCAGCAUCUUCAGUGCAGCCAAAGUGUUCGACGAAAUGCCGCUUAAAAUUUCAGCCCUCGAUGUUGCUACUUGGAACUCCAUCAUCGAUGGCUAUUCAAAACAUGGAUUUUUCGACGAAGGUAUCGAUCGAUUUCGACGAAUGCAAGCUGUUCAUGUUAAGCCUGAUGGCUAUACUCUCUGCAUUCUUCUUGGAAUGUUCAAUGGCUGCUGCUCUUAUGGGAAAGAAAUCCAUGGUUAUGUUGUGAGGAACAUUCUUGAAGAUGAUCCAUUUUUGACAGCUAAAUUGAUCGAUACUUAUUUCAAAUCUAACAGGAUUUUCGAUGCCCGGAACGUUUUCGACUCGUCGGCUGGUAGUCGGAGCAUUGCAGUGUGGAAUUCGAUGAUCAACGGAUUAUGCGCUACCGGGCAUUGGAGGAACGCUUUGGAUCUGUACGUGUUGGCAAAGGGCGCCGAUCUUGAAAUAGGUUCGACGACAUAUUCGUGCGUUCUAACAGCGUGUUCGCAGGGGGAGGCAUUCGACUUUGGCUUCCGGAUACAUUGCGACAUAGUUAAGACAGGCUUCGAGAGUGAUCCGUAUGUAAUAACCUCUCUCGUAGCCUUUUAUUCGAAGAGUGGAUUGAUCGAAGAUUCAGAGAGGAUUUUUUCUUGCACCGAUGAAAGAAAGGUCGAGAUAUGGAACAGCAUGAUUUCUGCGUACGUAAACUGCGAUCGACCCGAAUAUGCUUACAAUACUUACGCUCGGAUGCGAAGUAAGGGCGUCAAAACCGAUACCUUCACGUUAUCGAACGUUUUGAUUGCGUCCAGUGUGAUGGGAUCGCAGAAGUUGGGCGAAAUUUUACACGCGGAACUGCUGAAGACGUCGCUGAAAGAAAAUGUCGCCGUGCAGAGUGCUUUGUUGACGAUGUACUCGAAACUCGGGAGUUUUGAAGAUGCGCGAAAGGUCUUUGAUCUGAUAAGGGAGAAGGACGUCGUCGCGUGGGGCUCGAUGAUAUCUGCAAGCUGCGAAAACGGGGAAUUCGACGAGGCGUUGAGUUUGUACAAAUCGACGGAAUUCGAUGGCCGGAAACCGGAUGCAAGUAUCGUAGCGACCGUGAUUGUUGCUUGUUCGGGACUCGGUAACGGUAAACUGGGUUGCUGUGUUCAUGGAUUCGCCGUUAAGGAAGGGCUCGACUCGGAUGCUUUCGUCGGUAGUUCUUUAAUUGAAUUCUAUUCUAGACUCAGGCAACCGGAAAUGGCGAAAACGGCAUUUUCGAAUGUCUUGCAGAAGAAUCUGGUGGUGUGGAAUUCGUUGAUUUCUUGCUACUCGAAAAAUGGCUUGCCGGAGCUCGCCGUUAGUCUUUUUUCUCAGAUUCAGCGCCCCGACGCAGUAUCGAUCACGACUGUUCUUGCUGCCGUCGCGCAGAUUGCGGGGCUGAUUAAGGGGAAGGCAUUACACGGUUAUUGCGUACGAUUUGCAACGAUGAUGGAAGAUGUUCGAGUUGGGAAUUCGUUGAUCGAUAUGUACGUCAAGUGCGGAUGCUUAGUGUAUGCAGAACGGGUGUUUCGAAGCACGACGAAGAGAGACGUCGUCACUUGGAAUUCAAUGAUUGCGGGAUACGGAUCACACGGGAAAUGUGACGAGGCGAUUCGGUUGUUCGACGAGAUGGCGGAGUCGGGAACACGGCCCGAUGCGCUAACCUUCCUCGCCGUGAUCUCCGCGUGCAAUCACGGCGGGUUUCUAACCGAAGGCGCGAAGCUAUUCGUGUCGAUGAGGGAAUACGGAAUCGAGCCGAGAACAGAGCAUUACGUGAACGUGGUCGACAUGCUCGGGCGGCGGGGACGUUUACGCGAUGCGUUUCGAUUUAUCGAGGAUGCGGCAAUCGGGGACGAUCGAGGCGUGUGGCUGUCGUUGCUGUCGGCGUGUCGAGUGCAUCGGAACGUCGAGAUCGGGGAAGUGGCGGCGCGGAAGCUGGUGGAGAUGGAGCCGGAGUGCGGGAGCAAUUACGUGCAGGCGAUGAAGAUGUAUGCGGAUGCGGGGAUGGAGGAGGAGGCGGCGGAGGUGAGGGCGGCGAUGCGGCGGAGGGGGCUGGGGAAGGCGGCGGGGUGUAGCUGGAUUGAGGUGAAGGAUAAGGUGGACGUGUUUAUGGCGGGUGGUGGUUGUUGUUGCAGGGCAGUUGAGAUUUAUGAGGCUGUUGAGCGUUUGAGGAAUGUUAUGGAGAGGGAAGGAGAAUGGGAUUUUGAGGUUGAAGCUGAGGCUGGCUGUUUGUGACGGGUAUUUAUCUGAAAUGACUUAUUUACCCCCUCCUCCUUAGGAAAUUUGUGACCCGGUGGGUUUGGAUGCGGUCUGUGUAGGUGUUUAGUAUUUAACGGUAGUUUUUUUUAUAGGGUGCGUUUGUUUGGAAUAUUUUUGUUAAUUUUUAUUAUUCAUAAAAGAAU